CUCAUCACUAUUUGUGGCGGAUUUUUUUGCAAAAGGGGCAACAACAUUCAAGCGCGUCAAAAAAUUGUCGCCUACAUCAAGAAAUUGACUCCAGCGGUAAAAAUUUGUCGCCCGCGUAGAAACAAUGACGCAUGUAAAAAAAAAAGUUGUGUGCGUCACAUAAUGAAGGGGAAAACAUAGAAUAAGUAUCUCUGUAUGUAAGAUGCCUAAUAUAAUCCGCCAAUGGCAAAACGUGGAAAUUUGCCAUGAAUCCAUGCCUGCCAAAUUAUUUUUAAUACUAGUUUAAUGCAAUGUUAAAUAUAAAAGUUUGGCCAAUUUUGUCCCAGAUUUUACCUCAUAGCUGAGCAUGGCUAUUUCUGUUAUUAUUCCCAUAGCUGAGCGUGGCUAUUUCUCUUAUUAUUCCCAUAGCUGAGCAUGGCUCGUUCUCUUAUUAUUCCCAUAGCUGAGCGUGGCUAGUUCUCUUAUUAUUCCCAUAGCUGAGCGUGGCUAUUUCUCUUAUUAUUCCCAUAGCUGAGCGUGGCUAUUUCUCUUAUUAUUCCCAUAGCUGAGCAUGGCUAUUUCUCUUAUUAUUCCCAUAGCUGAGCGUGGCUAUUUCUCUUAUUAUUCCCAUAGCUGAGCGUGGCUAUUUCUCUUAUUAUUCCUAUAGCUGAGCGUGGCUAUUUCUCUUAUUAUUCCCAUAGCUGAGCGUGGCUAUUUCUCUUAUUAUUCCCAUAGCUGAGCGUGGCUAUUUCUCUUAUUAUUCCCAUAGCUGAGCGUGGCUAUUUCUCUUAUUAUUCCCAUAGCUGAGCGUGACUAUUUCUCUUAUUAUUCCCAUAGCUGAGCGUGGCUAUUUCUCUUAUUAUUCCCAUAGCUGAGCGUGGCUAUUUCUCUUAUUAUUCCCAUAGAUGAGCGUGACUAUUUCUCUUAUUAUUCCCAUAGCUGAGCGUGGCUAUUUCUCUUAUUAUUCCCAUAGCUGAGCGUGGCUAUUUCUCUUAUUAUUCCCAUAGCUGAGCGUGGCUAUUUCUCUUAUUAUUCCCAUAGCUGAGCGUGGCUAUUUCUCUUAUUAUUCCCAUAGCUGAGCGUGGCUAUUUCUCUUAUUAUUCCCAUAGCUGAGCGUGGCUAUUUCUCUUAUUAUUCUCAUAGCUGAGCGUGGCUAUUUCUCUUAUUAUUCCCAUAGCUGAGCGUGGCUAUUUCUCUUACUAAUCCCAUAGCUGAGCGUGGCUAGUUCUCUUAUUAUUUCCAUAGCUGAGCGUGGCUAUUUCUCUUAUUAUUCCCAUAGCUGAGCGUGGCUAUUUCUCUUAUUAUUCCCAUAGCUGAGCGUGGCUAUUUCUCUUAUUAUUCCCAUAGCUGAGCGUGGCUAUUUCUCUUAUUAUUCUCAUAGCUGAGCGUGGCUAUUUCUCUUAUUAUUCCCAUAGCUGAGCGUGGCUAUUUCUCUUACUAAUCCCAUAGCUGAGCGUGGCUAGUUCUCUUAUUAUUUCCAUAGCUGAGCGUGGCUAUUUCUCUUAUUAUUCCCAUAGCUGAGCGUGGCUAGUUCUCUUAUUAUUUCCAUAGCUGAGCGUGGCUAUUUCUCUUAUUAUUCCCAUAGCUGAGCGUGGCUAUUUCUCUUAUUAUUCCCAUAGCUGAGCGUGGCUAUUUCUCUUAUUAUUCCCAUAGCUGAGCGUGGCUAUUUCUCUUAUUAUUCCCAUAGCUGAGCGUGGCUAUUUCUCUUAUUAUUCCCAUAGCUGAGCGUGGCUAUUUCUCUUAUUAUUCCCAUAGCUGAGCAUGGCUAGUUCUCUUAUUAUUCCCAUAGCUGAGCAAGGCUAGUUCUUUUAUUAUUUCUCAUAUUGUUACCUGGGGGUUAUUAUUACCGGGUCUUAUUUUCACCUGGGCUGGUUGAAGUUGUGUGUGCAUUUCAUCUCAAUAAUUGGUGAUAUCAUAUUAUCUCCCAGCCCCUAUGCUAUAAAUAGUGCCAUCUGGGUGUUACCAGCUUUGGUUUGGGAGGAGAAAGCUCUAAAAUUGAAUUAGUAGAAAACCCCUUCCUCUCUCUUUCCAACAAUCAGACAAGAAAACCUGCAAACAGAAGUUAUUUAGGAAGACCCCAUCCAAGAGCUUCGAACCCAGUUAAAGUUCAGGGACAAGAAGGUCCAGUCUGUGGAUUGUUAUUUGGAAGCUCCAAGGACGAUCCCUCUGAGUUACCACACAGAUUGCUGAAGGCUCUGUUCAUUACAUGUGGAUUUUAAUAUGGAAUGUAAUAACACAGCAGAACCCAAUGUGUAUGAAUCCAGUCUGAAGGCAAUUGGCACAUCAGGACCACAGGACAUUCAUAUAGUAUAUACAGUAGAAUCUGUGCCUCCAGAUCCAAAAAAAGAGGGUGAAAAAUGUUGUACAGCAAGUAAAAAGAAAAUAUUGGGUAUUUUCUCCGGCGCCUGUGUGCUCAUAGCAGCAGCCAUCAUUAUCGCCGUGUUGGGCUCAAGUUUUGUCCCAAUAAUGACUUCAGGAUCAGACUGUGAAAAGGAAUGUGGAACCAACGGAACCUGUGUCCUUUCUUCCCAGUGGUGCGAUGGGGUAUCUGAUUGUCCCAAUGGAGAAGAUGAGACAUCCUGCGUAAAAACAAGAGCUUGCCAGAUGUUAUGUGGAAGGUCUGGCGUCUGUAUCCUUUAUUCCCAGUGGUGCGAUGGCAUUCUCCAUUGUCCUAAUGGAGAAGACGAACAAACCUGUGUUCGACUGUACGGACCCAACUUCCAACUACAGGCCUAUUCUCCUGCAAAAGCAACAUGGCUGCCGGUCUGCUAUGACCAAUGGAGUGACAACAGCGGGAAGAUUGCCUGCCAGGACAUUGGAUAUAGCACGAGCACCUACUAUGAGAGCAGUCAUUUGUCGGCCUCAUCAAGUAAUGGAUAUUUCAUGCUCCAAUCCAGUACUGUGACUGGCAAGUUGUACAAUCAUCUUCAUUACAGUGCUACCUGUGCCUCUGGGAAUAUGGUUUCAUUGCGCUGUAUAAGUUGCGGUUUGUCUACAAAGGUGGACAGCAGGAUAGUAGGGGGCACAGUUGCUUCAGCGGGAGAUUGGCCCUGGCAAGUGCAACUUCUAAAGAGAGUCGGUGCGAGUCUUUAUUUAUGUGGUGGAUCCAUCAUCACACAGCACUGGGUAGUAACUGCUGCUCACUGCGUAUAUGGGUCUACUUCUACUCCUUCUGCCUUUAAAGUGUUUGCUGGAUCACUGACUAUACAGAGUUAUUACUCUGCUGGCUAUACAGUGGAGAGAGCGCUCGUGCAUCCCAGCUAUUCAUCCUACACACAAAACUAUGAUGUUGCUCUGCUGAAGCUCACAGCUGCACUGGUAUUUACUACCAAUCUCAGACCUGUAUGCUUACCCAAUGUUGGGAUGCCCUGGGCAGAGGGACAACCAUGUUGGAUAUCCGGGUGGGGAACUACAUCGAAUGGAGGCAGUAUUUCCACUAAUCUAAAGGCAGCUUCAGUGCCUCUUAUCUCCUCCGCUACAUGUAACCAAGCCGCUGUGUAUGGUGGAGCCAUCAGUCCUACUAUGAUGUGUGCUGGGUAUCUCAGUGGCGGAACAGACACUUGCCAGGGUGACAGUGGUGGCCCUCUGGUUACCAAAACCAACUCCUUGUGGUGGCUUGUUGGUGACACAAGCUGGGGAUAUGGAUGUGGUAUGACCAAUAAACCUGGAGUGUAUGGGAAUCUUACCUUCUCCUUGGAAUGGAUAUACUCGGAGAUGCAGACAUAUGGAGGAUGAAAGGAACAUCGCGGACAGAAGACCAGAAGAGACCAUGAACUUAAUUUGUUCCUUUGUAAUAUUGUCCAUGCAAUAUAAUAUGCCUAUUUAUCCAAAGGAAUAUAGUUUCCCCAUAGUUCUGUAGUGCAACAACUGCCUUGAGGGGAGGGUUCCAUAAUUUAUAUAAAGUAGGACUGUUUAACCUGGGAUUAGCUGCUGCUGAACUAAAAAUCCAAGUCUUUGGCUGUUGGUGGGAACUGGGAGUUGGACUUUAACAACAACUGAGGUAGAGUAGACUGGGCAGCGCUGAUACAUAAAGCACUGCUGGCGGCAUCUUGUUCUAUGGUGCCAUCUUGUUCUACUCUACUGCUAUCCUACCCCCUUCGAAGAUUAUACUCUUCACCUUAUUUUCAUUGCACCUAUUUUCACCACCUCCCAGACAGGUCUGUGGGUAUAUAUAGUAUAUAGUGGGAUAUAGAUAUAGUGAUAGAUAUAGAUAGAUAUAGUGGAAAAAACUAUAGUUAGAUGCCUACACCUGAUAUAAGUAUGAACCAUUAUAAACCAUCUAAAAGUGUACAAAACCCCUCCAUAUGAAAUUGACCAUUUUUCUUAGUAAUUAAAAACUUGGUAGCCAUGCCUGUCUGUACUGUACUGGGAAUUCACAAGUCUCUUCUAUAAAAAAAUUAAAGAAUU